AAAAAAAAUUAUUGCUAAUGUUAUUGACAUAAGCGGUUAAAUAUUAAAGAAAUUAAAAACAGUUUUCUAUUCAUUGACAUUUUAGUUUACUUCCAAAGAAAUUGCAAUAAUUUACGGUUUUAGACGAGCACGCAUGAAAGAUGGACGAUGAUUUGGAGUUCACAGAUGAUGAGAUAAGAGAGGAACUGGCCAAGCUUGGGUAUCAUAAUGUCCCCACUUCAAGACUGGCUGAGUUUAAGAAAGAUCUCGGAAAGUUGAUAGCGCAUGAAAGAAGCAAGCAGAGUUCACAAAACACAAGCCUUUCAUCUCACAAGCUGCAAGAUUCAUCAUUGUUCAAUGAUCAUAGCAUACAAGGAGCAAAUCCUCACGCAAGGGUUCCGUUGGAAGAACGUCCCUCUGAUAGACAGGUACGCGACCUGGCAGCAGACAGAAGACAGUAUGCGGAAUGGAAGAGUGGAAAAGAAAACAUGGUCCGAUCAACCUCUCCAACGGAGGUUCACCAUAUACCCCGUAAGCCGGACUCUCACUUCAGCCUGUACAAGGAGGAGACUGAUCUCUCACAGCUGUCUUUGCCAGAUGAUGUGUCUGAGGCUGAUUCAGAAAGGAAAAUGAUGAAACGGAAAAUAUUGAGGAAAGAAAAAGACGGUUCAAAGAGGAUAGACGAGUCCAUGACAGAGAGUGACCUAGGCAGUCUCCAGGAUAUCAAUGAACGAUUGAGGGAGCUUGGCAUAGUGGAUCGUGUGGACUUCUUUAAUAAGAAACGACCCCAGUCAGCCACCAACCAGCCCCCAUACAGACUGUCUCCAGAUGAUCAAAGACCUGCCUCUGUGAUAUUGCGUCGGCCUGAACAUCCGCACACAAAAAACAUCAAGAAGUCGGACCCAGUGGCGCGGUACCAGCAUUUUAGACAGAGUUGGGAUGUACAGAAGGCGCCAGGGGAGAAGAAUCACAAAAACCUUCGCUGGAACGUACGGGAACAGAUGCUGGCACAGGACGUCGUUUAUGAGAAGAAGCCCCAGAAAGUGUAUGUACCCAAUAAGUACACAAUCCCAUCUGACAAGAAACGCCAGGGUCUUCGAUGGCAGAUACGUAUGGACAUGGCCCAGGGUCAACUGCCACAUCAUGGAUUUUUUGCAGAAUACUAAGACGGGGGUUAAAUAGGAACAAUAUGAGCUGAUUCUUGGGAAAACUGGGCUUAAACCAUGUGUGUUAACGGGUUGUCUCAGAUAAGCCCAUGCAGUCUACACAGGUAAAGCAGGGAGGAUACAUUCUGGACAGGGAGGCGGAAUGUGUCAUCCCUGAUUAGCCUGUGCGGACUGGACAUGCUACCAGGUAAUCUUGGACAGCACUUUAUCACAUGCUUUAAGCCAGGAUGGUGAAUAUGCAUGGACAUGGUGAAGGAUUUGGUUCCACAUCAUGGAUUCUUUGCUGAAUACCGAGACUGGGGUUAAUGAGGACUUACAUUCCUGUCACUAGACCAUCGUUACUUAAAAUUGGUUUCUUUAUUUGUUAGUCAAUACAUAAAUGUUUUGACAAUUUGCUAUGUCUGUUGUAGCAUUUUACUAUAGUAGUGUUGAGAUAAUGUUAACAUUAAAAACUUGAUUAGUUGUGUGGCCAACAUUUAGAAUAUGUUUUGCAGGCUGAAAUUGAGGUGGAGACUGUAUCAUUUAGUUACAAGAAUUUCCAUCAAGUGUUUACAUCAGCCUUUGUUUUAAUACAUAACCUAUAUUGACAGCAUUUAAGCUCUCAACUUGUGUAACCAGACAACCCUGUUUAUGGGCAGGGUAGAUGAAUUUGUAUUUUACAUGUAAAAUGGCUAUGUUGUGUAAAUAAGUAUUUUUAAAUUAUUGUGUACAUACAUAUUCAUAACCAAGAACUUACACAAUGUGUCAGGCAACUAAAGUACACUUGUUCUGUUGUUUUCGCAAAAUUUAUUCCAAACAUAACUUUCUGUUAAUCUCAAAUUAUAAAAAUAUAGACUUCUUGACCGAAAACUGCCUUUCUUCUAUGCCGUCCACGAUAUAUUUUUUUAAUUCAUGCUUGUUUACUGGUAUUUGUUUGAUCAUUGUUAAUCAUGAAUAUUUUAGCAAGAAAAACAUUUUUAUUGUUUGUAAUAAACACUUUUGAGUAAUGUA